AUGGUUCUGGGAAAGCUACAUACAAAUAAAGAUGGUAAAUCCAUUGAAGAUGAAUCGGAAAAUGAUGCAGACAUCAACAUAAAAAGCAAAAAUUCUGAUUCUACCACCACCACUGCUAAUGAUUGCGAUGUUACUUCUAGUAAUGAAAGCAAUAACAAUUAUAAAAUAUCAGGAGAAUCAAACAUGAUGUAUGAUUCAGUUGAUAUGAUGGAAUCAUCUUUAAAUUGUGAUCAUAAUGGUAAUAUUAUCACUUUUUCUUUGGAUGUUGAUAAUAAUGAUGAGGAUGGAGAAAGAGUUAUAAUAGUUACCACUGAGAAAGGUAGUUACUUGAAAAAUGUAAAUUGGGACAAUGUUGCAAAGAGAAAACUGCUAGAAUGUGUUAUGAUCAAUGAAAAAAGUUCUUGCACCUAG